CUUCCAUACAGCUUUGCACCAUGAGAUGUGGUGCAAUGACAGCUGCUUCCACAUCGUCGAAGCAUCCGCCUGACUAUGGCGAUGGAUGCACGAUGGUGCCAGAAUCACUCCACCAUCCUCGUGCGCGAAAAGGAUGAACUGAGCUUUGGAAGGACCAUACAACGACCAUGAAUGAUCGCCGAAGACAUGCUCAUACGCCGAGCCAACUCACAAUGGCAAUAUAUUGCCUGGAUACCUCAUCUCGGGCGUUGGAAGAACAAUUGGUUUCCAGGUUCAAAAGUACACUUACUAUCAUGUCUUGCAAAUCUAACUUGAACUUGGUCAUUGUCGGCGGCGUGGCAGGCGGAAUGUCUGCAGCCACCCGUGCACGCCGCCUGUCAGAGACUGCUUCCAUCACCGUUUUCGAGAUGGGGCCCUAUGUGGGCUACGCAAAUUGUGGGAUUCCGUAUGCCUUGGGGCAGGUCAUCCAGAACGAAGAAGCGCUGGUCCUGAACACUGCCAAAUCUUUCAAGGACCGAUUCAACCUCGACGUCCAUCUUGGUUCCGAGGUCGUCAAAGUCGACCGCGAACGACGAACUGUCGAGGUCUCAUCUGGAGGAGGAGACAUACGCCAAUUCCCUUACGACAAACUCAUUCUGGCACAAGGUGCUAAAUCAUUCGUCCCGCCAAUAAAGGGGAUCGAUCUGCCCCAUGUUUCUACGCUCCAGACCAUUCCUGACCUGCAAAAGGUCAGAGCCGCUCUCCAGAAACCCAACGCAAAGCAUGCGGCUAUUAUCGGAGGCGGAUUUAUUGGUCUUGAAGCCGCAGACAACCUGAGAGCUUUGGGGCUGGAAGUCUCAAUCAUCGAGAUGGCACCACAGGUUUUCCUGCCAGUGGAUCGCGACAUGGCUGAACACAUUCAUACCGAACUCCGCCAGAAGGGUGUCCGUCUUUACCUUGAGGCCAAGAUUACCGAAAUCGUUGCUGCGAAGGGAGACCAAGCUGCAUGCGUUCUCCUGCAGGAUGGUGAGGCCGUGCCCGCAGAUGUUGUCAUUGCGGCGGUAGGGGUCCGACCGAGGGUGUCGCUGGCACAACAAGCCGGCCUGGAAAUUGGCAAAUCGGGCUUUUUGAGGGUCAACGAAUUCAUGCAGACUUCGGAUCCGGACAUCUAUGCAGUGGGCGAUAUGGUCGAAACCGAGCACAGGCUUGUCGGUCACCCGCUUCCUCUUGCGCUUGCCGGGCCUGCUGCCAGACAAGGCCGUGUGGCGGUCGACCAUAUCUUUACCGGCAUCGAAUCAGGAUACCGCGGCAACGUCGGAACGUCUGCGUGCAAGGUCUUUGACCUCACGGUCGCAAGCGCCGGUCUCUCGCUUCAAAGUCUGCGUCAAAUGAAGAGGGAGCCACUAUAUGUGACUGUCCACCCCCCUUCGCACGCCGGAUACUAUCCAGGCUCGCAGAGACUGACGGUCAGGGUGAUAUUCGAGCAGGGGACUGGACAGCUCCUUGGAGCCCAAGUCGUAGGAAAGGACAUGGUCGACAAACAGAUUGAUGUUCUCUCGACAGCCAUUCAAGCCAACAUGACCGUGUUUGAUCUGGAGCACUUGGAAUUGGCAUAUGCACCUCCAUAUGGCUCGGCCAAGAGUCCCGUCAACAUGGCUGGCUUCGUGGCCUCGAAUCUACUUCGUGGCCAAACCAAGAUCACGCACCCAGAGGACCUUUUCUCCUGCAACGGUCUGGAAAGCUCGGUUCAGCUUGUUGAUGUACGGUCCCCCGCCGAGUACAAUCGUGGCCACAUCCCUUUCGCCCUCAACUUACCUCUCAACGACCUGAGAAAGGACAUGAAGAAGCUAGAUAAGAACAGACCGGUCAUCGUCUACUGUGCCGUGGGCUACCGUGGCUAUUUAGCCUACAGGAUCCUGUGCCAGCAUGGCUUUAAAGUCACCAACCUCGACGGUGGUUACGAGCUGUUCAUCGGAGGUGGCUUUGGCCAUCGGAUGAAUUGAUGCAGUUCGAGGUGUUAGUUGAUGGCUGGCAAGUUACUAGUCAUGGUCUGGGUAAAAACAAGAGGUAGGGACACUGUUGCUUUUGGCCGGACGUGGCGUUGUGCUUCAUCUAGGGUUGCCUACCUCCACCUUGCAGCUAUGAUGAGGCUACGAGCUAUGUUUACUAGUUCAAGGUCGUAUUGGCGAGUAUCGGGUCAUUGACAUAUUGUCAAAUCCAAGGUGUGAGAAAGGCUUUUGGGUGCCCUGAAUGAAUUUAGCCGAUUAUUCAAAUACAUUAUCUUGAUCUUGCC